AUGCUGUCGAGCGGGUUCUGGAAGCGGCGGUCGCUGCGGGUGCCCGACAACCAGCGGACCAAGGCGGCCGAGUUGACGCUACGCGAGUCGCUAUAUCCCCUAAGCCUCGUCACCAUUCUGUUCUUCCUGUGGGGCUUCAGCUACGGCCUCCUCGACACGCUCAACAAGCACUUCCAGAACACCCUCGGCAUCACCAAGACGCGCUCGUCCGGGCUGCAGGCCGCCUAUUUUGGGGCGUACCCGCUAGCUUCUCUUGGCCACGCGGCAUGGAUUCUGAGGCACUAUGGCUACCGCGCCGUCUUCAUCUGGGGCUUGUUCCUGUACGGCCUCGGCGCCCUGCUCGCCAUCCCCUCCAUCAUGCACCAUUCGUUCGCCGGCUUCUGCGUCUGCAUCUUCAUCAUCGGCAACGGCCUAGGCUCGCUCGAAACGGCCGCCAACCCGUAUAUCACAGUCUGCGGCCCGCCCAAGUUCUCCGAGAUCCGAAUCAACGUCGCCCAAGCCUUCAAUGGCAUUGGCACCGUCGUGGCCCCGGUCCUGGGCUCAUACGUCUUCUUCACUUUUGACGACCAGACGGCCCUGCGCAACGUGCAGUGGGUGUAUCUGGCCAUCGCCUGCUUCGUGUUUCUGCUGGCCGGCGUCUUCUUCCUCUCCGUCAUCCCCGAGAUUACCGACGCCGACAUGGCCUUCCAGGCGGCCGAGACGCACGCCGGCGCCGACGACCGGCCCUUCCACACCCAGUACCGUCUCUUCCACGCCGCCUUUGCCCAGUUCUGCUACACGGGCGCCCAGGUCGCCAUCGCGGGCUACUUUAUCAACUACGCGACCGAGACGCGGCCCAACACGGACUCGUCGCUCGGCAGCAAGUUCCUGGCGGGGUCCCAGGCCGGAUUCGCCGUCGGCCGCUUCGGCGGCGCCGCCAUGAUGCAGUUCAUCAAGCCGCGCAAGGUGUUCGCCCUGUUCAUGACCAUGUGCAUCGUCUUCUCGGCGCCCGCCAUCACCCAGCGGGGGAACGCGGGCCUGAGCAUGCUCUACCUCGUCAUGUUCUUCGAGUCCAUCUGCUUCCCCACCAUCAUAGCGCUGGGCAUGCGCGGCCUCGGCCGCCACACCAAGCGCGGCUCCGGCUGGAUCGUCGCCGGCGUGCUCGGCGGCGCCUGCGUGCCCCCGCUCAUGGGCGCCGCCGCCGACGCCCGCGGCACCGGCUUCUCCAUGCUCGUGCCCCUCUGCUUCUUCGUCGCCGCCUGGACCUACGCCCUGGCCGUCAAUUUUGCACCCCCCUACCGCAGCGUCGUAGACGCCUUCUCUACCACCGACGUCGGCCUCAGGGAGAAGCAGCGCGAGGACGUCGGGGCGGAGAAGGGGGGAGAAGCAGGGGGCAAAGGAGGGGUAACCGGGCCGGAGGACGCCAGUGAGGACAAGCCGGAUGUGGUGAACUCGGAGAAGGUCUGA